AGGGCUCAAAUAAUUAAUUCUUCGACGAGAAAUAUGGUAUAUCAAAAUAUGAAAAAUAUAUCUAACUAGGCAAUUCACAAGCGAUGAAUGUAUGGCAAUUUCCACAAUGGCGCGCUAGUAUCUUUGACCAAGUCAAAGCAUUGGCUUUCGCCAAAUGGCAUGCCAAAGACAAGUCGGAUGCUGUCGAAGCUGGACAAGCCGUCUAUUGUGUCGUGAAGUAUUUAACUGAGGGUUUUCGCACGUCCCUCCCACUGUAUAUUUCCCUGCCGAAAUGCGCAGACAUGACGGGUCCGGAUGGACAUGGGCGGAUGAGAGCAUAGUGCUUCCCGUUCGUCCAGUCGGACUCGGCCCACUCUUUAACGCAGCUAUGGAUCCCCCCCAAGAAUCUUACGUACCCCCGGGCGCCCGUGACAGUAUCAACGCGAGCGGCCAACUCCUUCAGGAGGAGUUUAAUAAUCAGAUAUGGAUAGAGGAAAGCACGGACCACAUUCCAACCUACGUACGCUACAUCGACGGCAGUGGUAGACCCAAGCCCGACUGCGUCCUCGCGUAUGUGAAUUGGCGGGACAUCGGGUGGAUGGUUGCCACCAAUUAUUUCCUAUUCGCAAUGAACUGCCUAAACGUCCCACUUCUUCCUGCCCCGUCCAGACCCGGCGAGCUCCCAGUCUUCGUCAUCUAUGCAAACACCGAUACCAUCAUUCUCCGGGUUUUUCUCGACACUAUGACGUACUUCUACAACCAUGAUCAGUCACAGCUCUUCUUCGCGGUGCUCGGACACGUCUUUCCUAACUGGUACCCCUUUGCUGGUGGCCAACGGAAGACAUCUGCCCCUCCGACCGUCAUUGCGGACGACGUCUUGGAGGAUUCUGCCAGGUACCUUAGGCAACACAUUAGGCGGGAACGGCUUGAGUUAGCCAAGGCCCAGGUCAAAGGGUUCUACGAUAUCCAGAGGGCAUUCAAAAUCACCGACUUGGGCUUCCAGGAGGUCGUCUCAACUGCCGUCGCGGUUAUUAACAAAACUCUUACUCAAUAAUAAAGUUGAUCCGAUGGAAGACGAUGGCUUAUUCAGAUUGAGAGACCUACUCGAAUAGCAAAACUCCAUCAAAUCGAAUCGGAUGCCCGAGCCGAAUCAGGCGAUAAAGUCGAAUUGAUUGAUGGAGUCGAGGAGACUGUCGCUUGACAAAUAUAUAUCAUUGUUCUUUUAUUUUACCUUGAUUCGACAAUUUUACUUUGUUCAUUCAACGAUGGAGAUUCACGAAUCA